AUGGUGCAAUUGGUGACAGAAGGUGAAUACGUGCCCUGGUAUUCCCGCCGUGCUCCUCCAGUCUUCUGUUUCCCGUGUCUCCCAAUUUAUAUGGGAGUUUGGCCGGGAAGACAAUGUCUACUGAUUUUGGGAACCCUUUUCUUCUUCUUCGGAGUCGUCAUUUUACUUACGAUGCUUCUUAUGUGCAUUGCGUUGGAGUGCGGAGGAUGGUGAGUUGCGGAAGCUGAAGCUGCGCGGAAGAGGCGCGCGGAAGAAAUCCACGUUUUUUGAUACCAAACAUGCCUAGGGUCUCUAGAGAGCUAGAGACGCAGAGGGAAAUACACUCGCUACGCUCGAAAGAAAGUUAAUUUGCAGACCACGGUGGUCUGCAAAUUAACUAAACAUACCGUGCAAAUUAACUCAAAACAGGAAAAAUACACUCGCUCCGCUCGUGCCGCUUACGCGGAAGUUUCCGGAGCGCUUCGCGCAAGCUUGCGGAAAAUAUUUCCAAUAUUUUGUUACAGGGCUGCUCUUCUUGUGCCAGUUGCCCUAAUUUUGCUGAUCCUUGGUCUACUAUUGUUCCAUUGCGGCUACGCCGCAUAUCUUUUGGAUGAUCACGGACAAAUUCCGAUCAAGUUAGUGAUUUUGGGUGGGAAAUUGAGCCAUUGUUGAGCUCAAAAUCAUAAUUUUAAGCUAUUUUUGCUUAAAAACAUGAUUUUUCAAGUCCUGAAGCUUGAAAAUCAUAAAUUUCAGCUUAGACAAGGUUGUGGAGCUUAAAAAUAGCGAUUUCCAGCAAUUUUUGCUUAAAAUCAUGAUUUUCUAGGUCUAGGAGCUGAAAAAUCACAAUUUUCAGUCGAAAUUGCGAUUUUACAAGUCCAGGAGCUCAAAAAUCAUGAAUUUCAGCUAUUUUUCACCAAAAAUCAUGUUUUUCAAGUCCUUGAGCUUGAAAAUCAUGAAUUUUCAGCUGUUUUUGCUUGAAAUCAAGAUUUUUCAAGUCCAGGAGCUUGAAAAUCAUAAUUUUCAGCCAUUUUCAGCUCUAAAACAUGAUUUCAAGCGAAAAUUGCUCAAAAUCAUGUAUUCCAACUCCAAAACCUAGUUUUAGCAAGAAAAAUGCGAUUUUCAGCCAGAAAUCUGAAAUUACAGCUUCUAAGAACUGAAAAACAGCUAUUUUUCACCAAAACCCCCCGAAAAUCUCACCAAAUCUCCAAUUUUCUCCCAGAAAAACCACCACAACCACCACCACAACUUCCACCUAUGAUCCAGAAUCACAUGAAGAUGAGAUUCGCCUUUUCGAAAAUGUGCACCGCGAGCAACUUCCCAAUGUCAAACAAGGAUUUUGGCAAUUUGAUGAGGAUUCGAGUUGGCAAGCCGCUUCUAAUCCAUAUCCAAUUCAACACACUUUGAAGAAUUGCUUGGAUAGACAACCUUAUUAA